GACGCUAGGCCAAUCAGAGCAGUUGGCCCCCUCAGAACUACGUUUCCCAGCAGGCUCCAGGGCUAGCGCCGGAAGCGAUAGGGGGCCGCAAAGGACUGUGGGAGCGAGGCCUCUUCCUUUCCGGCUUUGGGCGCCAUCAGCAGGUAAACAAACAUGGGUGCCUACAAAUACAUCCAAGAGCUAUGGAGGAAGAAGCAGUCAGACGUGAUGCGUUUCCUCCUGCGUGUCCGCUGUUGGCAGUAUCGCCAGUUGUCUGCCCUGCAUCGAGCUCCCCGACCAACCAGGCCAGACAAAGCCCGUAGACUGGGAUAUAAGGCUAAACAAGGUUAUGUUAUCUACCGCAUUCGUGUUCGCCGUGGUGGUCGUAAACGCCCAGUCCCGAAAGGUGCUACCUAUGGUAAACCUGUAAAUCAUGGUGUUAACCAGCUGAAAUUUGCCCGGAGCCUGCAAUCUGUAGCAGAGGAGCGUGCUGGUCGCCACUGUGGGGCUCUGAGAGUGUUGAACUCCUACUGGGUGGGUGAAGAUUCCACAUACAAGUUCUUUGAAGUAAUCCUGAUUGAUCCAUUCCACAAGGCCAUCAGACGCAACCCUGACACCCAAUGGAUCACCAAACCAGUUCACAAACACAGAGAGAUGCGUGGGCUGACAUCAGCUGGCAGGAAGAGUCGUGGUCUUGGCAAGGGCCACAAAUUCCACCACACCAUUGGUGGCUCCCGCCGCGCUGCAUGGAGAAGACGCAAUACCCUGCAGCUCCACCGUUACCGCUAAUUCUUGUAAAUGUCACAAUCUAAUAAAGCUUGAGAGAGAGCUUGAAUUUA